AUGGCUGACCACAGAAACUCUAGUUUUCUUUGCCAGUCCUACCACCCACGAUGGCAACCACAAUGUUCUGCUGUAAAAAUAAGACGAAAACAAACCACAAAGCACAAAGCCAAAAGCACACAUGGCCCAGUGAGCUCUGUGUCCUCCACUCCAGUAAUACGCAGCCAAAGCUGGUGGGGUAACUGGCUUCUCCUUCCUCUAGUCAUGAUAUCAUACUUGCCCUGUGAGGCCUGGGGCACCACCUUUAAAAUCGCCAUUGUAGGACCAUGGGCGUGUGACCCUAUGUACUCUAAAGCCCUGCCAGACCUGGCUGCCCGAUUAGCCACCAGUCGCAUCAACAAAGACCCCGACCUCAACAAAGGCUACUGGUAUGAUUAUGCUCUCAUUAAUGAGGAUUGCACAAGCUCUAGAGGCCUGGCUCGCUUUGCUGAGCUGGAGGGAUAUGGCUCGGCCUUUCUUGGACCUGCAAACCCCAGCUACUGCACCUCUGCUGCACUGCUGGCAAAGAAUUGGAACAAGGGCAUCCUGUCCUGGGCUUGCCUGAAGGCUGAAAUGAAUGAGGGAAUGUAUCCCACGUUUCUUCACCCACUCCCAUUGUCUUCUCGUGUUCUUUUCUCUGUACUGCGCUUUUUCCGCUGGGCACAUGUUGGGAUUAUAACAGCAGAGAGCGACAUGUGGGAAGCAACAGGACAUGAACUUGCAUCGUCCCUACGUGCUCUUGGUCUGCCAGUUGGCACAGUUGCUACUAUGGAAAUGGACAAGGACGGACCAUGGCGAGCCCUAAAAGCAAUACGGGAGGCAGAUCGUGUGAGGGUUGUCAUCAUGUGCAUGCACUCUGUUCUGAUUGGUGGAGAAGAACAGUAUAAUUUGCUAACCACAGCAAUGGACAUGAGAAUGAUUGACAGAGGAUACAUUUUUAUUCCAUAUGACACACUGCUGUAUUCAUUGCCAUACAAAGAUGUGAACCAUGCAAUCCUGGCCAAUGACACUAAACUACGACGGGCGUACGAUGGGGUCUUAACGAUAACCAUUGACCAAGGGGAACAAAACUUCUAUGAGGCCUUUAAUAAAGCACAGGAAUCCUAUGACAUCCGGAGCAGUACACCAGCUGAACAGGUUUCUCCAUUUUUUGGGACCAUCUAUAACAUGAUCUAUUAUACAGCCAUGGCUGCAGAGCAGAGUCGAGCUGCGAGUGGAGGCCGCUGGGUAUCGGGUGAAGUUCUGGCUCAGAAUGAGGGUGGAUUUGAAUUUAAUGGUUUUAACCAGAGGAUAUCGGCAGGUACUGAUGGUGAGGGGAUGCAGGCACGCUACGUCGUCCUGGAUACAGAUGGCUCUGGGUCAAUACUGCACUGUACACAUGCACUAGAAGCACCACACACAUAUGGGAAAUAUGGAGGGCUGAAGUACUUGGGGAAAUCCAUUCAUUUUGCCGGAGCAUCUCCGAGCAGUGACUCCAACUGCUGGUUCAGCCCUUAUGUGGCUUGUAGUGGAGGCCUGAAUGGGGUGACCCUCUUCUUUCUCUUUCUGUUGUUCUGUGUGUUGCUGUGUGGGGCAGGUGCCUGUUUUCUCUAUAUAAGGAAACAUGGGCAGGUGGGGAUAUUAGGAGGAGGAAACGCCACUAAGAUAGUGCUGACAUUGGAUGACCUAGUCUUCAUCAACACCACACUCAGCAGGAGGAAGCUGAACGAGGAGAGUAUGGUGAAGAGUCAGCUAGAUGUUAAAACCCCAUGUCACUCAGUUUCAGGCCGCAGUUACAUUCCGUCAACUCCUGAAACGUCCAACGUUGCUGUAUUCGAGGGUGAUUGGGUUUGGCUAAAGAAAUGUUCCUGUGCAGGAUCUGUAUCAGAAAUCAGUGACAGCACACAAGCCAUCUUUAUCAAGUUGAGAGACAUGCGUCAUGAGAAUCUGAACCUGUUUCUGGGUCUUUUCAUGGAUUCUGGGAUAUUUGGCAUUGUUACUGAGCACUGCACAAGAGGCAGCCUGGAAGACCUGCUCAGCAACGAGGAAAUGAGACUGGAUUGGAUGUUCAAAUCCUCUCUCCUCCUUGACCUGAUUAGGGGAAUGAAGUACUUGCACAAUCGUGGAAUUAUUCAUGGACGUCUGAAGUCAAGGAACUGUGUGGUAGAUGGACGGUUUGUUCUGAAGGUUACAGAUUAUGGCUUCAAUGAGAUCAUCCACAGUCAAAACAUCAUCAUGGAGGACAGCAAACCUGAGGAUCAGUUUUGGACAGCUCCAGAGAUCCUACGGGAUCCUCGGCUGCAGAAGAAGGGCACAUAUACAGCAGAUGUUUACAGCUUUUCUAUUAUCAUGCAGGAGGUGAUCUCUCGCUGUGCACCUUUCUGCAUGUUGGACAUGCCCCCUCAAGAGAUCAUAGAUAAAGUGCGCUCACCUCCUCCAUUGUGUCGACCCAAUGUGUCUGUGGAUGAAGCUCCGUUGGAGGUGAUUCAGAUAAUGAAGCAGGCCUGGAGUGAAGAGCCUGAUAAGCGACCCACGUUUGAGGAGAUCUUCAGACAGUUCAAGAACGUGAACAAGGGAAAGAAGACAAAUAUAAUUGACUCAAUGUUACGGAUGCUGGAGCAGUACUCCUCUAACCUGGAGGAUCUGAUCCGAGAGAGGACCGAAGAACUAGAGGUAGAGCGUCAGAAAACUGAUGCUCUCUUAGCACAGAUGCUGCCCAAGUCUGUGGCCUUGGCAUUAAAGACAGGGAAGCCAGUGAAACCGGAGCACUUUUCAGAUGUGACACUGUAUUUCAGUGAUAUAGUGGGUUUCACAACCAUUUCUGCUCUGAGUGAACCUAUUGAGGUGGUCGACCUCCUUAACGACCUUUACAUACUCUUUGAUGGAAUCAUCGCCAUCCAUGAUGUCUAUAAGGUAGAGACUAUUGGUGAUGCGUACAUGGUGGCAUCAGGGGUCCCGAACCGUAAUGGUACCCGACAUGCAGCAGAGAUGGCCAACAUGUCUCUGGAUAUUCUGCACUGUAUUGGAACAUUUCAAAUGAGGCACAUGCCUGACGUCAAAGUCAAAAUCCGUAUUGGACUCCAUUCUGGUCCAGUUGUAGCAGGUGUAGUAGGGUUGAAGAUGCCUCGGUACUGUCUGUUCGGGGACACAGUAAACACAGCUUCCCGAAUGGAAUCCACAGGGUUGCCUUACAGAAUUCAUGUCAACCAGAGUACUGUUGAUGUCUUGAACAGCCUCAAACUUGGCUACAAAAUAACUACUAGGGGCAGGACAGAGCUCAAGGGUAAAGGUGUAGAGGAAACAUAUUGGCUGGUUGGGAGGGAUGGAUUCGAGAAGCCACUACCUAUACCACCAGACCUUACUCCUGGGGCAAGCAACCAUGGUAUCAGCUUAGAUGAGAUUCCAGUGGACAGGCGGCAGAAGUUCCUUGAUAGGCAAAAGAGGAUGAGGGACUGAGCAGGUUGUCAUGCUGAUGUUUCUGCACCAACCUAUCAAAUUCAGGAAAUCUCAGCAAUUGGGGAAGGGAGAUGAGAGGGUUCAACUGAGGUGUUAAAAGACCUCUCGAAUACCCUUUUUCCAUUUGAAUUAUUCCCCAAAAGAGAGGAAAACCACACCAGGACAUCUGACAAGCACCAUAAACACUUGUUGCGGGCCAGUCCAUCAAAACCAUCAGCUCAACAAGACAGCAUACCAACUGCUAUGGAUUGUUACAGAGGACUUCUUUAAGCUGUGUAGAGUUUAUACUGCAAUUUAUCCCAAAAUUAAAUGCAAACUAAAGACAGUGCUGAGAUAACAGAUCAUUGAGACAUACGAGAAAAUGAGGACAACAGCACACCCCUCUUCCAUCUCUGCAGUUGUUUCUUUCAGACAGUCCUUUGUUUAUAAAACAAAAAUGAAACAAAUGGUGCUUGUUUGUAAUUCAUGGGCACCUGACAAUUUAGUUAUAAUUCAGUGGAAUAAUGCCAAUAAUAUCCAUGUAUUGAAAUGAUUAAACUACUGUUUUUUUGUUUGUUUGUUUUUUUUCUAGAAUGUCAGACGUUAAAAGUUGGCGUUAGUUUCCAAAAAAUAACUUCUUCACAUUCUCUUUUUGAAAAUGGUUUUUUUCAUUUUCAGUAAUGCAUGUGAAAUACAUUCAAAACAUUUGUCAUGGCCAAGCUAACAUUCUUCAAAAACCCAAGAUUCUAUUUCAGACAAUUGGGUAGCUUCAAUUUCCCUUUGAGUUAAGAGUGACAGAUACAUUAAAAGGAAACUCAAGUGAUCUAAGUCAAAAACCAUUUGAGUAAACUAAAAUUGUCAUGUUCAAAAUGGAAUGGCACAUUGUUACUGAUUCUCGGCUCAUUCCAUGAGUAUUAUGCUGAUGUCAAACCCUGCAGUCCUAACAUGCGGCUCUCCAGGAUGAUGCCCUGUCACCUGAUACCUCAACCACAAUCUGUAGAUUACCAGAUGAAACACUCACAGAGUCACAGUCACAGUAUGUAUCUGCAUUUCAACUGUAAAUCUCACAGUUUUAUUUUGUUGUCUGUGAAUGUGUAAAUAAAGGCUGAUUUUA